UAAAUAAAAAGAAAGAUUGUUAAAUAGACAGUUAUGACAUCUGUUUAUGGUGUUACUUUUAUUGGAGCAAGAGAAUAAAUACAUAGAUAAUUAAAGGAUAAAGGUAUUAUUGGAGAUGAUGAUCACUUAUGAUAUUAAGCAUCUAUCUAUCUAGCUAGAAUUACAUUAGAUGCUAUCAAAGAUCUUUUUGAAGGUGCACAUAAAAUUAAAUAAUGGCUUAUCAAAUGUGCCACAAUUAUAUCUAAUGAAAAUUAACCAGUAAGCUGGAUUACUCCUCUUGGUCUACCUGUUAUACAACCAUAUCGUACACUAAACAAAUAUGAUGAAGUUAAAACUUUAAUUAGUAAUGUUUCCAUUGAACCAGAUUCUGCUUAUGUAAUUUAUUAUUAAAUAUCAUCUAGUUACCUAUCAAUAAAGUUAAAUAAAGAUCUGCAUUUCCACCUAAUUUCAUUCAUUCUUUAGAUUCUACACAUCUUAUGUACUCUUCUAUUGAAUGUCUCAAAUAGUAACAAAUAUCAUUUAUUAAUUCUAGAAAUAUUACAUUUGCAGCUGUUCAUGAUAGAUAUUGGACACAUGCAUGUCAUGUAGAUAAAUUAAAUGAAUUGCUCAGAGGACAAUUUGUUAAAUUACAUUCUCAACCACUCUUAGAAAAUUUACGAGAUUCCUUCUAAAGAAGGUUUCCUCAUCUACAAUUUCCUCCUAUAAUAGAAAGAGGAUAAUUUGAUUUAGAAAAAGUCAAGUAAAGUGUGUACUUCUUUGCUUGAUAUAUAUUAUCUAUAUAUAUAUAUAUGUUUCAUUAUCUAAAUUGUGUUAUAAAUCAAUUCAUUUAUUUAUAUUUACAAUUGA